AUGCUGGCCAGACGACAGCAGGAACGGCAGGAGGCGGCGGCCAGCAGCGUAUCCGUGAUCGUGAUGGUGGUAACCAUUGGGUUCUGCGUGGCAGCGGCGGACGCGGAAGAGCUGCGUUGCGAGCGGAUCGUGGUCGGUGCCUGCCAAAACCUGGUGUACGAUAUGACGGUUGCUUCGGCUCCGCUUUACAAAACAUUCGGGGCAUCCGUCCACGAGAACGGUUCCUCGGUCGGUGGUAGCAGCAUCCUUACAGCACUGGACGCCGAGUUGCUGAUAAACUCGCUGCGUCCGGUGAUCGAUACUGGAUGUUCGAAGCAAGCACUAUUCCUCUUCUGCUCAUCAUUGUUUCCGCUCUGCUCGCCGAACGCACCACGUCCAGUGCACCCGUGUCGAUCGCUCUGCGAGCAGGUACGCCGCGAGUGCUUCAGUGAUCCAGCCAACGGGAAGUUGUGGCCGACGUAUCUCGACUGCCGGACCCUGCCACAGCCGGAGAAGCAGGAACUGUGCAUGCAGGUGCCUCCUGAUGCAACGGGGAGUGUGGAGCAUGGAGCAUUCCACGGCACGUUGGUCACAACGGCGGUGUCCACAUCGGCACCGCUACCAUUAUCAGCGGCACCGCCGCCAACCCAACAAGUGCUGGAAGUCGGCCCCAUGAAAAGUUGGUCCAUCGAGAACCUAACAUCACUCCUGCGCCAGCCCCAACCCCUUUAUCAUCCCGACGGUGACGCUUCGUUAACGAGCGGCGGUGCACUAGGUGCAGUCGAUGCGGUGUCCAGCAAAGGCGUUAAUGGGGUGAGUGGUAUGCCCCACCAACUGUGGCCCGGCGACGGUUCGCUUGUCAUACCGUGGAUGGACGAACGUGGUGGAACUUCCGUUGAUAGCAGUGGCGCACGAGCCAGCGGCCACGAGCCACGAGCACCGUGCCCGGCCAACUACAGCCUAGAGUAUGACCGGUGCGUACCGCGUUGCGGUCCCUCGAUCGAUGCACUGUACAGCCAACAGCAGAAGGACCUGAUCGAGUGGUGGACCCUCGUGUUAUCGGCGAUCUGCUUCGUUUUCACGCUGAUGUCACUGGUUACGUUCUGGGCGCGGGCCAACGGCCGGCUUGACUACCCCGACCGGCCGAUCCUCUUCAUGACGCUUUGCUACAACCUGUUGGGGCUGUGCCAUCUCGAGCGCACCAUUCUACAUGGUGGUGGUGGAGACCGGGGGGCAGAGCAGCCCCUGAUGCUAACGGUGCCGGGCAAUGCGUUCGAGGGUAGCAGUAGCGUCGGCGCAGUGGAUGCUAGCCGUUCGGACUGUACUAUCACUACCUCGCAAUGUCUGGCUUACUACAUUAUCAAGCACUACCUGGUAUUGAGCGCCACCACCUGGUGGCUGAUCUUCGCGCUUUGCUGGUAUCUCAGCACGGCUAAACAGUGGUCGUGCGAAGCGCUGGAACGUCGCUCGGGCCUGUUCCACGUGCUAGCAUGGGUCGUCCCUUUCGCGUUCCCCAUCGUAGCACUGCUACGCGGCAACAUCCAGCGGUUCGAACUAACCGGCUUCUGUACCGGGGCGAACGGGUUCGUCGAAGAGCUAGCCACGCUGCUGCUGCUGCUGAUCGGUGCGCUGCUACUAGUUCUCGCCCUGUUUGCCCUUGCCCGGUUACGGGCCGGCUGGAAUCAGAGGGCACACUUGUCGCGUGUCUUCGCUCACGUGCUCACGUUCGGCGUGUGCUACAUGGCGCCGGCCACCGCCGCCACCGUAUGUAGGAUGCUCGAGCGCAUCGAUAACGUACUGGAACCGUGCCAGCCCGCCGAUUCCGGGGCUGCUGCGCCGUUACCGUGCCCCCAGACAGUGGCACACUUCUCCUCGUUGCCGACAUUCCUGCGGCUGACCUUCACUCUGCUCGGAGGUGCCUGUGUCUGCAUUUGGCUUUGGCUGCGCCACUCAACUGAGCUGGCCACGGGACCGAAGGAGGUCGCCUCGUACGGCUACGGUUUCCAGGAUGGGGCAUUGCUGAAGUGUGCUUCCGUGGCACCAUCAGCAGGAGUCGGACGGUUGAAGGACGCGCUGACUGACACCAAUGAUAGGCCGUCGCUAAGCAACUCACUUUCAGCGCCACCCGCCCACACAUUACAUUCGGCGCGUGGUGGUGUCGGCUGUGGUUUGCGGAGCAUCACAUCAUCGACGGGCAACCAUCGUAGCGGGCGUAUCUCGGGUAGUGCUGCCAAGGCGCACAAGUACUGCUUCGUGUACCAGCCCACCAUGACUGGGGCCAUUGCGAUGGACAUGCUGCAGGGUUCCGUUUACCACAGUUCAGCCACCGACGGCAGCGGUACACCGGGUGCUACUUUGUACCGAACCAUACCGACACGCUCGACGUUAUCCUCAGGCUACGUAGGGCGUACCAGCAGUCGUCGCAGCAUUCGGCCCGUGGGACCACUUUCCAUGAUCACGAGAAUUUGA